GAGAUUGGUGACAGCAGCGCUGACCUGAAGCUUGCAGGAGCCUUCGGGGGAACAGGGACCUGCCAGCAGCCUGGGAUGCAAGUGCUGAUGUGCCAGCACUGACCAUGCAGGACGCUUUUGGGAGCAGAGGAUUUGGGGUCACACACAGGCCAUGAAUGGAUCCAUUUUCAACCAGACACUCCUGGAGCAGGCAGCUGGCCCCAACAGGACUCAAGGCUUGGGGCUGCUCAUGGCCUGCUGCAAUGGGACCAGCACGGUGCUGGCGGCUGAUGGCGGCUCCUUGGUGCUGGCACCAGACGAGAGGAGCCUUUUCAUCACCAGGGUGGUGCAGAUUGCUGUCCUCUGCGUCCUCUCCUUGACUGUGAUGUUCGGCAUCUUCUUUUUGGGCUGCAACUUGCUGAUCAAGUCGGAGAGCAUGAUUAACUUCCUGGUGAAGGACCGAAGACCUUCCAAGGAUGUGGGUGCUGCAAUCAUGGGACUUUACUGAAGCCACUGGGCUCUUGUAGGCAAGUGAACUAUCUGGACCUGGUGUUGAGAUGCAUAUUCCCGUGUGUUUGGGGCAACUGGGGGGAGUGGGAAGGGGGGGGUUUUUUAGUCCGUCUGUGUCCGUGGGAAAGCAAACCUGCUCUUCCCAGCCAACAAACUGUGGUGGCAAAUGGGGUGACCCCCUCAGAGCUGUGUGAAGCACAAUAAAUGACCAGCAUUGUGUUGCAUGCAGAAACAGCUUAAGUUUCGCAUGAAACUUGCAGAAACAGUGAUAAUGUGGAGAUCUGGACUCUUUACCGCUGUUACCCUGGAUACGGCUACCUGGGAUUUAGGGCUGAAAAAAAAAAA